AUGCUUCGUCCGAUAUUAAGGGCCCCUCGCUCCGCCUUUGGACUCGGCCUGCGCUCGACAGUCAAUGCCCGCAGAUCUAUCCAUCAUGUUCCCCAACUGCCGCACGACUAUUCUGAGGGUGUUCCUAACCUCAUGAGCCCUGGAGGUUUCUCGAUCGCUUGGACUGAAUAUAUGAAGCUCAUGGUGGAGAAGCUGAAUGCUUUGACUGUUGGCACCGAGCUCGAGGAUAAGGACACAAAAACAAUCGCUCUCAUGACAGCCCGCGAGCCUAACCAGGCCCCAAUCUUCAACUAUGCUUCCAUGGCACACAACAACCACUUCUUCUUCCAAGGCAUCGCACCAGAAGGAACCCCCAUGCCCGACGCCCUCCGUAGCGAACUAGAAGCCUCAUUCUCUUCCAUCGAGACCCUCCGCCGCGAAUUUAUCAUCACUGCCUCCGCUAUGUUCGGCCCAGGCUUCCUCUGGCUCGUCAAGGCUGGCCCCGGCGACUAUCGACUUCUGCCCACCUAUCUCGCCGGAUCUCCCUACCCCGGCGCUCACUGGCGUGCCCAGACCACCGAUAUGAACGCUGUGGGCAAGGAUGGCUCUGCCCGCACUUACAUGCACAACCAGGCGUUCGGCGCCAACAAGCGAAACAGCGAUCUUCCCCCAGGUGGUGUCGAGCUGGAGCCUCUUCUGUGUCUAAACACCUGGGAGCACGCAUGGCUGUUGGAUUGGGGUGUAGGCGCUGGUGGCCAGGGCGGAAAGGCUGCUUUCGCCGAGUCAUGGUGGAAGUUGAUCGACUGGGAGAAGGUGGCUCAGAAGUCGGGAGUGCUGCGACCUGGCUUCAAGUCUGCGUAG